UCACGCUCUCUUUUAUUACUCUCUCUCAUCUCACAUCUCUAUCUCUCUCUACACCAAUUGCCAUGGAAGCCGCUGGAAAGUCGAAAAAAGGAGCCGCAGGAAGAAAGGCCGGCGGUCCGAAAAAGAAACCGGUCACCCGGUCCAUCAAAGCCGGUCUCCAGUUCCCCGUCGGUAGAAUCGGCCGGUACCUGAAAGUAGGCCGGUACGCUAAGCGCGUCGGUACCGGUGCUCCGGUUUACCUCGCUGCCGUUCUAGAGUACCUUGCUGCUGAGGUUUUGGAGUUGGCUGGAAAUGCUGCAAGAGAUAACAAGAAGAACCGAAUCAUACCAAGGCAUGUAUUGUUGGCUGUUCGAAAUGACGAUGAGCUUGGAAAGCUUUUAUCCGGCGUGACAAUUGCUCAUGGAGGUGUUCUUCCAAAUAUCAACCCGGUUCUCUUGCCGAAGAAGGCUCAUGAUAAGGCUACUAAGGAACCUAAGUCGCCAUCAAAAUCGACAAAAUCACCUAAGAAGGCUACUUAGAUGAUGUUGUUUGUGAUUACAUUUGUAUGAUGGUGUAGUUGGAUAUGAGAUUUAGGUUGUGCUUUAGAAGGAUGAUUGUAAACUGGUUUGUUUAUGGUACAAUUCUAGUAUGAAGAAAAAGAAUCUCUCUUUUUAUGAAAUGAAAAUUGUUAAGUAUCUAUC